UGUCAAACUAAAAUUAUCAUGUGAGUGUGAAAACAAAAACAAAUUGUGAAGGCAAUUAUUUAUGAUGGAGGUUGUUGCCAAUAAUUAUCUACCGGGUGAUCAACGUUUAGUCGAUAAGAUCGUCUACGAGCUGAAAGCCCAAGGAAUUUUUGACCAAUUCCGUAAGGAAUGUUUUUCUGAUGUUGACACCAAGCCAGCUUACCAAAACCUUCGUCAAAGAGUUGAAGGAAGUGUUACAGGUUUUCUUAAAGAACAAUCAUGGAGGCCUGACAUGAAUAAGAAUCAAGUGCGAGAAAUGUUACGUAAGAGGAUUACAGAGUCUGGGUAUCUUGAAACGGGGGUUGAACGAAUUGUUGAUCAAGUUGUCAAUCCGAAAAUAAAUACGGUUUUUUUGCCCAAGGUUGAAGAGGUUGUUUAUAGUUAUUUGGGAAUCAAGAAACCAAACAAAAGUGAAAAUAUGAAGAGUGAACAGUGUGAUGAUUUGUUGCCUACUGAUUUGGAAGCCGUGUCUCCUGAAUCUGAACCCGUUGAUAAGAAGGAUGAUAAGAGUACAGAUACUUUUCAAGAUUUGGAUGAAAGUAAGACUGAGGAGGAUGAGUCGCCCCCGUUUGAACCCUUGGAAGAACAGGCUAGUUAUGUACCACAAGAGGAGAAUUCUGUUGAUUCACACAUGUCAGGAUUUUCAGGUUUAGCCAGUCACGAGUCCAAUCAAAGCAAUGAAAAUAAAAUAACACCAAUGGAACAAGAUUCACAAAUGUCGCGCAACAGCUCUGAUAGCCGUUUAUCAAUUGUGACAUCAGACGAGAAUUCAAAAAUGGAUAUUUGUGAAGAUUCGCAAUCAAAAUCCAUAAAAUCAACUGAUUCAAGUCACAAACAUGACGAUAAAAACAAACACAAGACGUCUGAGCGUCACAAAUCGCGCAGCGAGAGCAAAUCUGAUAAAGGUAGAAAGAGUAGCAAAGAUUCAAGAUCUAGACACAGUUCGUCUUCUAAAGAUAAAGACAAGAGUCGCGAUCGACGGGAUUCCAAAAGCUCAAGUAGCAAAGAUAAGCCCAAAGACAACGAUAAAGAUAAACCCAAAGAUAAAGAUCGGAACAAAAGCUCCAGCACAAGUAGUAACAAGCACACCAGCGGCAAAGAUAAAGAUAAAAGUGUAAAAAAAGAUUCUUCUCGAUCUGAUAAAGAUAAGUCUCGGUCAAGCAGCAGCCACAAAGACUCAAAAUCUCGUGAUAAAUCCAGCGAUUCCAAAUCGAAAGAGAAGUCUUCCUCCUCAGACCGCCAUAAGCACUCUUCAUCUUCACACAGCGACCGACACAAAAAAGAUAAAGACAAAAAGAAAGAUUCCAAACCGAAAGACGAUCAUUACAGUUCAAGAGACAAAAGAAAUGAUCGUCGGUCAACUGACCGCGAUUCGAACGAUGGUCAGUCAAGUCGCCCCCCUGCGAAUCCUUCUGAAAACUCCAAUUCUCAAUCCCAGAAAAGCCAAGAUUCAAAUUCGGGAGGCGGUGAUUCGGGGAAUUCCGAUCACACCGAAAGCACCACCAAAGCCCCUGUGGUGAUUACGGGGGCCGUGGAAAAUUCCGAAGUGGAGAUUUCGCCCCCGGAAACUCAAAGAUUCAAGGUUUUGAAACCAAAAUGUGCGUCAAAUAUACAGGAGGCACUCAAAUUGAUGAAGAUUCGCAAACAAUUGGCUAAGUUGGAGAAGCAGAAUCAGUUGAGUUUGGCGAGUGUUGAUGUAAAUUCGCCGAUUGUCUUGUCGUCGAGUAUUAAUUUGGAUGAUUUGAAUCAGAAUUGUCUCAAAAAAGAACAAGAAAUUAAUAAAAUUGAGGUGGUGGUACCACCAUUACAGAACACUGUAAUUAGUCAAGACAGUUGGGACACUAUGGAGGCGAAGUUGAGGGAAGAAGUGUGCAACGAAAUGGAUGAAAGUGGGGAUGAGGAGGAGAAAUGUAAAUUUUUUGAGAGUGUCGACAUUAAGAAAAUAGAAUUUUUGCAAUUUGUUGAGUUGUUUAUCAGUAAGGUUGAGAAGUAUCAAAGAUUGCGUAAAAGAAAUGGGGGGAAACGUAAAAUUGAAGACAACGACUUGAAGAAUAAUAACAAGCAAAUGAAAAAACAGAAGCUUGUGAAAAAUAAAACGACGAACAAGAUUAAUAAUCAUGCUGUUGUAAAUGAGAAAUUUCCACUACCGUUGAGUCCGGCCGAAAGUGAUAAAUCAACAGGUAAGAAAGAAGAAAUUUCCACACCUAAGAUCAAGCGUAACAAUGUAAACAAAGUCAAUAACCAGAGAUACUCUAGCGACGAUUUAUACAAGCCUAGACCAACUUUCACUAGUACUAGACGUAGAGGUGCCAAAAAUCUGGAAAACUGACUAAGGAUUUAUUUCUAUUCUAGAAUAGAAAUUAGAAGCAAAUAAAUAUUUUUAUAUGUAUUAUAUUACAAUAAAACAGCUUUAUUUAAUUUACCUCAUUUACAACAACUUAAAA